AUGGUGAAAGAUCCUCGGCUUCGGGAAUGUUUUCCAUCAAAAUUGAUCAAGCAACAACCACGAAACACUAGUCAACGUCGGUUGGUGGAAAUCACUGGAUCGGCAAAGAGUACAAUUUCGUGCUUGUUAAAACAAGAGGAUGAGCGAGAAGAAUGGGCACAAUAUGAAGGACGAGGAGGAACUUCCAAAAAACGGAAGCGUGAAGGCAAGGAUCCAGACGUCGAUGAGGCCCUUAAUGAAAGGUUUGCCAUUGUUACUAGACGAGCUGUGCGAGUAAGCGGCCCAAUGUUAAAAUGCAAAACAGAAGAACUCACUAAAAAGCUGAGCCACGAUGACUUUAAAGCUACGGAUGGUUGGUUGUCUCCGUGGAAAUCUAGAUAUGACAUAAAAUUCAAGAAAGCACAUGGCGAGAAAGAAAAUACUAAUAGUGCAGAUGCUGAAGAAUGA